CAGUUUCUAACAAAAGAGCAUAACCGGAAACGAAGCGCGCGUUUUAAUAAAAUACGGAACAGCGCCAGCUGUGUUUCUUCACUUAACUGGUUGAAAACCUGUCAUGUCCACUAGAUCAGCAGUCAAAACUACCCCAGGGGGGACAUCAGUAAACCAAGGGGGGACACCCACCAACCCAGAGGAGACACCGACAGACCCACUGGGGACAGGGCCUGACUCUCCUGCACCUUCAUCUCCCACUCCUCGAGUGACGCGCCAAUCAAGGCGUGCUACAUUUGAAUGUGAAGACUGUGGUAAGAAGUUCCUGACGGAGCAGAUGAAGACUCGGCACAGCUUGAUACACUCGGGGGAGAAACCACAUGGGUGUGAGCUGUGUGGACGACAGUUCCGACGAACUGAUGAGCUGCAGCGCCACAAGACCCGGCAUAGCAGGGAGGAUGGAAUAUGCUGCUUUGUGUGCAAUGCAGAGCUUGACAGCAGUACAGACCUGGUUGGUCACAUGAAAACACACGCCAUCAACUUCAAGUCUAAAGUGUCCAGUGCGGGCUACACAUUCCGCUCCUCCUCUGUGGUGAAGAGCUAUCGGGACCUGUACCGCUCCGACAACCCACAACCUUGUUACGUCUGCUUUACAGAGUUCCCAGGAUGUAAGGAGCUUCUUGAGCACCUUGGUCAACACACUGCUGUAGAGCUUUUGAAAGGAAGCAGUGACAGGGAGCUGUGGAAGAGUUCCUCAUCCUAUGCUGAACUGCAGUAUGUCAAGUGGAGAAGGAGAAGGGCCAGCUCCUUACAUGGUCUAAAAAGCAGAGGAAGAAGAGCAACUAGUGACAAACCUGAACCUAAAUCUGAGUUCACACAUGUAUGCCGAGUGUGUCAUCAGAUGUUCAAGGGCGUGGAAUCCCUGCUGUCUCAUUGGAUGGAAAGAAAGGGAAGGAGCGGCCAUGAUGGCGCAGUUGGAAGUGAGGGCUACGACACUCACUGUAUACACAUGCACUAUCACGGCCGACGCCUGGGGUUCCGAUGUGACCUGUGCGGGGAGACUUUCACCUCAGUUACCCCAACAGCCUCUCAUCUGGAGGUUCAUGCAGAUACGGAGGUCAACACGCAGCUCACAGACACACAUCUAGAAGAACCUGUGACAGACACUGAAGCAGUCACCGAGCCCACAGUGAAGAUUGAGGAGGAGGAAAAGGAAGUGGAGAGCGAGGAAGAUCAGAAAAUUUUGUUUCACAUGUCGGACGAGUCGGACGGGGAACUAGAUCCUAAUCCGUCUGGGAAGUUUGAAUGUUAUGUUUGUUUGAAGGUAGCAAAGUGCAAGUCUGCCCUGCGUCGUCACAUGAUGAUACACAAGGAGGAGAAGCCAUUCCUGUGUCCGGUGUGUGGGAAGCAGUAUGCUCGACCUGAGGACCUGAAGCAGCAUCUGAUCCGCCACGUGGCCGACCUGUACCAACAGGGCAACUCCACGGACCCCAACUCCAGGUUCAGGUGUGACCUCUGCACCGCUGUGUUCUGCUCUGAGAAGGACCUGCAGUACCAUGGAGUGUAUCAUGGAGUGUACCGACCUAACGCCAGGGCGUACGUCGAAGGUCAGUCCACCGUGUGCCCCAUCUGUGGGAAGAUGCUGCAGAAAGCCACCAGCCUUCCCUCCCACAUCGAGCUCCACACCCAAGACAGGAAGUAUGACUGUGGGCUCUGUGGACGUACAUUCAAGUCAGAGAGAAACCGAAACCGUCAUCAGAAGAUCCACACCGGAGUGAAAGAGUUUGUGUGUGAAGUCUGUGGCAAAGGUUUGUCAAGAAAGGCUGAGUAUGACGCACAUUUGAAUCGGCAUAACACCGACCCAACUUUCAAUGGUAAAGCUGGUCGCAAGAGAGGCACGAAGGUUAUCAAUAAUAAGGUCAUUUACUCCAAGGAAAUCUACAGAUCACCUGAGGACAAGAUGGCCGUGGCCAGGAAACCAAAGACUCGAGUUGUUAGGAGGGAUCAGAAGGUUCUCCAUCUUGACAGUAAUGGAGAAGUCUUGCUGGACAUGUCAGGGUUGUCGGGGGUAACUCACAGUCUUCUGUCUCUGCCAGAGAAAAGCAUCAUCCCACUUAAGAACAAGAAGAGGAAGAUGGGGGUGGUCAUGGUGGAUGACACAACAGAGUCUCCCACCACUGGACACCAGGUGGUGCUUCAGAGUGUUGAGACACAGACGGAAGUUCUGACACCGGAACAAUCCUCUCUGGCUCAUAACAUCGACAUCAUAAAUUCUGAACUGACGGAGCCAACAAAUAUUUUGACUUCGGCUGAAGUGACCAGUGUUGAUGGUGUGUCUGCGGCAGAGGACGAAGCAAUCAUCAUCAUCGUGCAGGACCCCACGACGGGGGAGAACGAGGUCCUGACCAUCAAGAGUUUCCAGGAGGGGGCCUCCAAACUCAUCAGUCCCAAUGAAGAACUGAUGAAAGCCUUGGAAAGUUUCCAGAAAAACAAGAGCCUGGAUGAAAUGACCACAUUGCCAGCUGGAAAUAGUGACGGCAGUACACUGGUGAAGACAGAAGUACUGGAUCACCCCGAGGAUGAAGCUGGCGAUGAGGAACUUGUAACCAUGGCAACAUCUGCCACUAUACUUGAUGAAGCUCUGCCUGAGUUUCUAGGUGAUGUUACAUCGAGCACAGCCACACAAGAGCCAUUACAUCCAGGUGACAAGGUGUCUGUUCCAGAACAUGGUGACAAAAUGGCGGUUCAACGACAGGAUGACAAGGUGUCCGUUAUGGCGGUGAACCAGCCUCAAUUGCCAGCCAUCAAGGUCUCUGCUGAUCAGGCCACGACACUAUCUGGGAAUGGCGGUCAGUCAGUCAGAAAGCCAGUCGUUUCCUCUCAUCACUUGAUUGAUUCCAGCCCAUCUAGUGUUCCGCCUGGACAAACCGACAACCUCAAUGUCAAGGUCGUGUCCUUCUCCCUGGAUGAGACAACAGGUAUCCUUGUUCCUAUAUACCCAGAGAAGACCAGUCUCACACUGUCAGUCAUUGGGGACAGACCAGCAGGUGUUGCCACGGAAACCAUCCCUGUAGCAGGUGGUGCAACGGACACCAUCCCUGUAGCAGGUGGUGCAACAGACACCAUCCCUGUAGCAGGUGUUGCCACAGAUACCAUCCCUGGAGCAGGUGCUGCCACAGAUUCUAUCCUUGGAGCAGGUGUUGCAACGGACACAAUCCUUGGAGCUGAUGUUGCCACAGACACCAUCCCUGGAGCAAGUGUUACCAUGGACACCAUCAAUGAAGCAAGUGUUGCUGCGGACACCAUCAAUGAAGCAAGUGUUGCCAUGGACACUUCAGCAAGUAUGGUGACUCUUGCUUCUGGCAACGCUAAAUUACGUGACUCCAGCGAAACAGCAAUGACGUCCAUGUUGCUGAACACUGAUGGCGACCGGACUGCAGUGGAGGCGCUGAUGCAGAUGAAGUCACCGCAGCAUGCAGGGCUGAGGCCGCAUCUAGUAGGUCCAGGCGGAGACAGGACCACAUGCCCUGAUGUUCUGCAGAAGUCUGUCAGUGUCCCAGUGUUGAAGUGUACUCCAGAUGGCAGAGUCAUCAAGACUCCAACAGGUGCUCCAGCAAUUUUCAAGUCAGUCAAACUAUCUCCAACCUUACCUCCCAGUCCCCCAGGGAAAGCUUUGCAGGCUCAGUCUGCAAUUGUGUCAACUUUAGAGAAUCCUGUCCGUGAUGAUGAAUACUAUGUUGGUGAUGAUGGCGAUGACAUUUCUAACGAUGAUGAAAUAAUGGAAGAACCCGUCAGGAAGAAGAGAAGGACAAAGAAGGAUGCAGAGUGGAUCCCUGCUAAACCAGUUCGUAAAUCUCUCCGCAACAGUUAUGAAGGAGUCUCAAAAAUUGUUGCCUCUCUCCGCAGACAGAAGAAGCAUCCUAGAGAAACCGUGAAGAAGAUGAAAGCCAAAGCUGAUGUUGCUGCUGCAGAUGCUGUUGACAUUGGUGGGAAGGAGAAUGGUGAGCCAGACCGAGAGUUUGUGAAAUGCAACAUCUGUCGCAGCCUACAGCCAUGGGAGGACCUGAGACACCACAUCGACACAGAGCAUGGGGCCAACGCCUACCAGUGCGGGCUGUGUUCACAGGGAUACGACAGCAAUGUGGAUCUCCACAUGCAUCUGUUGGGGCACGAGAAGGACGACCGCAUCAAGAGGACGUUGUCGCUGUUGACGGGGGACACGGAGGUGAGGAAGCAGUUAGUGAGCACGGGGCUGAGCCCGGCGUUGAGCGGGGAAGCGUCAGCUGCCAUCUUGGCCCUGGAACGGGGUGGGGAUCUCAAGGAGGUGCUGGCUACUGUUGAGGUCGAUGUAGAGGACCUCAUCAACACUGACACAAAGACCAACAAUAAAGAUGGUGGGACUAACAUAGAGGACAUAGUCAACAUCGACACAAAGACCAGCAGUAAAGAUGGAAUGACAAUAGUGACCAUGUCUAAUGUUAGGAGCGGUGUGGAACACGACUUAGGUGAUGGGGGAUCAAGUCAAAACCCAAAAAGUGUUAGAACUUCCACAGAGACAAAACAGGAUUCCAGUAGCAGUACAAAAACUUCUGCCAACAGGGAUUCCCGCAUCAAGAACUCCUCCUCUACUGAAGCCACAUCAAGUCACACUGAAUGUUCUGAUGACGCGAAGCAAGAUGAAGAUUGUGCAGCUUGUCGUGAGUCCUUCAUGUCCUCAUUUUCACUGAAGAAGCAAAACUCAGAAUUGCCUAUGAAGCAGCACACCUGUGACAGGAUGUCAUCUGAGGGAUGCUCGCAAAAGGAGGAGGGAGACGAGAGUCGGGAGUGCCUCACUUGUGUGUGUGGUCUGUGUGGCUACCGGUUUGUCAAUGUCAACCUGCUCACCAGGCACGUCAAGGCUCAUUACAGAGAAAAGCCUUUCUCCUGUGACAUGUGCAACAAGAAGUAUGCCCGUCGGGACGAACUCGUGAAACAUCGGAUGUCGCAUCAGGCGGUUGUUGUCCACAAACCUAAACAGGAGCGACGGAAGUUCCUGCCGAGAUCCAAAACUGGGAAGUACCCGUGUCACCUGUGUAAGGAACAGUUCAAGACCUACCAGAGCAGAUACACACAUGUGCUGUGUCAUGAGAGUGAUAAAGCCAGUACUUGCGAGAAGGUCGACAGUUAUAAACCCAGAGACAAGUCUAGCAAUCAUAAACCCACAGACAAGUCAAGCGUCACCUGUGAUGUGUGUGGCCUUGUGUUGUCUGGACCUCGGCAUCUUGUCCGACACAAGCUCAUUCACACGAACGAACGCCCAUGGCUGUGUCAGGAGUGUGGGAAAAGCUUCCUGCGUAGUGACGAUCUCCGCGUCCAUCAGAGACGACAACAUGGCAAUAUUGGAAACUCUGACACCAACAGGGAAUCCAAGUUCAGGAAAGUUUGUCCUUUCUGUAAACGAGUCUUCACCUCUUUCAACUCCUUCCGCAACCAUGUGAAAACCCACAAGAGUGAGAGACUGGAUGGAAGCCUCAAGUGUGACAUCUGUGGGAAGGUGUUCAUCAAACACAUCAGCCUCCGCAACCACCAGCAGAUACACAAAAACACGUACCGCCGUGGCAUGAAGAGAAACACCACCGCUCAUAAACCAGCGACCUUGACCUACAACUGUGAAGACUGCGGCAAGCAGAUCAAGAGCAAAAGCAACUUCGUCCGUCACAUGAAGCUGCACAAUGAGGGCAAGCAUCACAUCUGCUCCAAGUGCACCAAGGGCUUUGCACGCCAGGCUGAUCUACGCAUGCACGAACGGCUGCACACCGGCGAGCGUCCAUUCCUGUGUAACCUGUGUGGCAAGGGCUUCACUUCAAACUCUGCCCUCAGCCACCAUGUGAAGAUGCACAACCAGCCCGUCGUGUACAAGUACUCCUGCACCCAGUGUGAGGGCCUGUUUGCUUCCAGGAAGGAAUUCAAGGAUCACGUGAAGAGCUGUACACCGAAGCAGAUGGAGAUUGUCUUCAUACAGGGGACGGAGGCUGUGCCCAUUGAAACUAUUGAGUAUAUAUGAAGAGGCCGAGAACAACACACAUGAAAGGCCCAUGGUGUAGAUCUGGGUUUGACUUGUCUUCGGCAACCCAUUCUUGUCGUAAGAGGCGACUUCCAGGAUCGACUGGUCACUCACUGACAUGGUUGAUGCAUGUCAUCAUAUACAAAUUGGGUAGAUAAUGGUCAUCACUGGAUUGUCUGGUCCAGACUUGAAUAUUUACAGAACUGUCAUACAGCUGGAAUAUUGCUGAAUGUGGCAUUAUACAACACACACUUGAAAGACUGUAUACCUUACAGGUAGAGAAGGUCUUCAUACAGAAAUAAUAAUAAUUAAUAAUAAAAAUAAAAAUAAAGCAAUGCCUGUUGGAAUUUUGGUAUAUGUCUGUGAAGGGUGAUCAGUGGAAAUGAAGAUUGUGAAUCUA